CCUAAUUCUUCAUUGGUCUUAAAAAAAAAAAAUGUCAUUCGUUCCUCCUGAUCCCAAUGUGUCUUACCCCAUCCCACCCGGUCAGCUCCCGCCUGGAUUUGUCCCCCCGCCACCGGGGACGGCAGUCCGUGGUAUUCCCAUCGUCGUACCAAUAGGCUUGGAGAUGCUUAUCUCACCAGAGGGAUUUCCUGUCUUUGUGCCUGAGCGAUCUACAGCACCUCCACCAUAUGCUGCCUCACCGCCAUCAGCAUCCAAUUCUAGUCCAGCUUUGUCGCAGCAGCACCAGCAGCAGCACCAAACGCCCACACUUCCUUCGAGGCAUAGCACAAUAUCCUUACACCAUUCUUCCUCGAACUCAUACACAGGACCUCCUCCUCCCGUGCCAACAGUACCAACAUCUCAUACAUCGCCACCAAACCUACCAUACCAGAUGCCAGUACACUCAGCACCUCCAGGACAUCAUGCACCUCUGACCCACGCAACCUCCAGCCAAGCUGUUCCUCCAGUUGCAGGCGUAGCUUCACCUCCAGCUGCAUUGACCUUUGCUAGUAUAGUGACCUCGUUCAGGACCUCUUCUGAAAGCGGGUCAGCAUGGACAUUCUAUUCUUUGGGAUUAACCCAAAAUCCAGGGCAAAAGGAGAUUGUAAUCACUCUUCGACAGCGGCCGGGUAGCUAUAGUCUUGAUACUAUUCAACCCAUCAUGUAUAAUCUGUAUCAGCAAAUGAAUGCUCAUAUCCAAUCGUCUGGGGGUAAACCUUUGGGGGCAGGCGAUGUUUUCCCGUGUCGACUCAAUACGCCAGACUUGGGGCCUCUGGAUUUAGCAAUUCUUUUGGUUCAUGCGCCGCCGGAAUGCAAGGGCUCUUUAGAGAACAAGGAUGUACUGUAUGGACUAAUAGCGACCUUAGAUGAGAUGGCCGUAUUUUCAAAAUAUGGUGCAGCUAGGACAUUAACUAACAUGGGUAAUGACUUGGAAACGUGGCCAAUCCCUCUCUGGUCCGACUGGUCCAGGCCAUCAUUGCUGGCGCUCCACGAUUUCCGGGGCUCCCUCACAGAGAUGGUGUCUGUGCUGCCAACCAAGAAUAUCGUAGCAACGUUAGAUACGAUUUCACAUAGAUUGACAUUAGUGGUAUCCAAUAGUGCUUUGGAAUUGAUUCAGGCAGAUCUUCGAAAAUUUCCACCUGCCCAGCCAGGGGUGAUCAGCGAUCUGGCCAGGAUCACAUUUUUGCUAGAUCUGGAUGCAGGCGCACAGGCGUACCUGACUUGGAGAAGUGGGCAGGAUGGGCCUGCAAUUUUCAAUGCACGACCGAACCCGACGAGUUUCCAUGGAUGCUGGAUGUCCUUUAGUGGAAUUAACCCUCAUGAGGAGGCGACGGUGAAGGAAUAUAUUGCGCCGAGGGAGGACGGCAUUGAGGUCAAGAUGAAGGGGUCGACUUGGGAGCGUUUAUAUCAGGCAAUGAUCUCGAGGACUCCGGCUAUCGUUCCUGUAGGAUCUGAGACAUUACAAUUAAGUUACGCGUAAAAAACGCGUACUGAAAGUUUUAAGAAAUAUUUAUAAUCCUUAAUCCGUUAUAUUAAUAGAUUUGCUCUUGGAAGGUCUUUUUCUCUGGAGAUUAAUAAAUUAUGACAUCUGAAGUAGUAGUGC